AUGGACUACAAGAAUCGUGAGCGUCGAGCUUCAUCGGCCACCACCGAAACGAUUAAAAGUCUCAAAAACGGGAAAUAUCAGCUUUAUGACGAAUACAAAGCGCGGCUUUCGAAAACGCCGAUGAAAUCCAAAAUCGAAGCUGACUUUGGUCCAUUCUACAAAUGGGUGAUCAAUGGAAGAACCGACGAUUUGAAAAAGGAGAUUAUUGAAAAACUGUUGUUCAAGACUAAUUAA